AUGGCUACGAUUAUGGGAGUUGCGAUGGGUGAUAUUGUAGAUAAGACAUGCAAACAGACACCUGAUUACACUCUUUGUGUAACUCUCCUUCGCUCCGAUCCACGUAGUUCCUCCGCCGACACCGUUGGCCUUGGUCUCAUCCUUGUCGACAAGAUCAAGGAGCUAGGGUAUGAGACUCUUGGGCAGAUCGUUAUGUUGUACAAAAACAAACUGAUGCUGAGACGACCCUUGCAUGAAUGUAAUCUGAGAUACAAGACGAUCGUAGACGUUGACGUCCACACAGCCAUUAUAGCUAUCAAAGGAAACCCUAAGUUCGCUGAGGGUGCAAUUGUUGACGCCGGCGUUGAAGCCUCCGUAUGUGAAGGAGGGUUUCCCAAAGGCCAAUCUCCGUUAACCAGUCUGACCCAGAACAUGAUCAAGAUCUGCGAUGUAACCAGAGCCAUCGUCCGAAUGCUGCUCUGA